AUGUCAGCCAACCCCCCCAAAGGGUCCUCACCUAGGUUAAAACCUCCUAUUAUAGGUGCAACAGCCCAAAAACAAAAAAAAAAUAUUACUAUCAAACCUCCAAGUAAGCCUUCCAAAAUUAUUACAACACCAACUAAACUCAACAAUCAAAUCGCAAAACAACAAUCCAGUCCUGGUACAUCAUUAGCGAGCGAUAACGCGGCUGCUAAUCACAGUACCUCCGCCGCACUAUCUACAUUGCAUAAUGCCUCUAUCGCUAACGAUCCCAUUAGUCAUAUCGAUAAAAACUUCACCGUAUUCAAUUAUCCAUCGACACCGUCGUCUCCAAUUAACAUUGGCAACAUAAAUAUUCCACAACACAAUAAUACUGGUAUCACAUUUGCAACAAUCGCCGCAAAUGACAAAACACCGUCGAGAGACCAGGCGAUAGUCUUCAACUCUAUUGAAGGCAUCCCACAAAAAGAUUAUGUAUUAGCAGUUGGCAAAAUAGUCUCUCCUAAAAAUAUCACAUUUGUGUCUAGAAUUUCUAACAACCGGUUUUGUAUAUUCUUAUCCAGCAAACAAAUCUUAGAUAACUUAAUAGAAACGCACCCCUUCAUAACAAUAAAUAACCAGGAAUUACCAUUCCGAAGAUUAAACAACCCAGCCAAAAGGAUUAAAUAUCUAAUGUCUGCCCGUCUAUUAACAACCAAAUCAUCCUAG